UCCCCUCCCCCCGCCCCCGUGCGUGCCUCACCUUGCAAAAUGAAGCUUCAGCCAGAUGCUAAAAAGACAUCAUUCCCUUGGUUUGGUAUGGACAUCGGUGGGACCUUAGUCAAGCUGGUGUACUUUGAACCCCUAGACGUCACGGCGGAGGAGGAGCAAGAGGAGGUUGAAUGCUUGAAGAGCAUCCGCAAGUACCUUAUGUCAAAUGUUGCCUAUGGUUCAACCGGCAUCCGUGACACACACCUGGAGCUCAAAAACCUUAUGUUGCAUGGCCGUCGAGGAAACCUACAUUUCAUCCGUUUCCCCACACAUGACAUGGCUACCUUCAUUCACAUGGGCCGUGACAAGAACUUCUCCACUCUGCACACUGUGCUCUGUGCCACAGGUGGGGGAGCCUACAAGUUUGAGGAGGAGUUCCGUACGAUUGGAAACUUGCAACUGCACAAACUGGAUGAGCUGGACUGUCUGGUUAAGGGAUUGCUGUAUAUCGACUCCCCUAGUUUCAACGGUCAGGCAGAGUGCUACUAUUUCGAGAAUGCCCUGGAUCCAGAGCAGUGCCGAAAGAUGCCUUACAAUUUGCAAGACCCGUACCCACUGCUAGUGGUCAACAUUGGCUCAGGUGUCAGCGUUCUGGCUGUCUACUCCAAAGAUAACUACAAACGUGUCGCUGGAACCAGCCUUGGCGGUGGUACCUUCCUGGGUUUGUGCAGCCUGCUGACUGGCUGUGAAAGCUUUGACGAGGCACUCGAGCUGGCGUCCCGUGGAGACAGCACUCACGCAGACAAACUGGUACGGGACAUCUAUGGUGGCGACUAUGAGCGUUUUGACCUACCUGGCUGGGCAGUUGCUUCUAGCUUUGGCAACAUGAUCCACAAAGAGAAACGAGAAGUUGUUAGUAAGGAGGACUUAGCCAGAGCCACGCUUGUUACCAUCACCAACAACAUUGGUUGGAUUGCCAAAAUGAGCGCUGUGAAUGAGAAGAUCAACAGGGUGGUUUUUGUAGGGAACUUCCUCCGUGUGAACACACUGUCAAUGAAACUGUUGGCCUACGCUCUGGAUUACUGGUCACAGAGCCAGACGAAGGCACUUUUCCUUGAGCAUGAGGGCUAUUUCGGGGCAGUGGGUGCCCUUCUUGGGCUACUGAAUUUCACCUAGAGCUGGUGUCAGUACAUUGCCACUGCCACCAUCCUACCAUGGUAAAGUUUGUCAGCUGUGUGAGGUGAUCACUCUGUCCCGCACAACAAAGCUGUGUUUUUCAACAGAAGAGUAUAAAGUCUUAGAGUUUGGGUAAAAGUCGAGGAGAAGUUUAUCCUUCUGGUCAUGAUUACCAUUCCGAUAUGAGUGACUGUCUUCACACAACCUAUUCACCUUCGAACUUGUUUCACAUAGUUCUGUCACAAUAAGGAAAGAGCUCUCUGGUUUGUCAUAACCUCAUAUUUUCUUAGAAAUAACACUACCUAUGCUUAUAUCUGAGUACAUUUUGCCUUGUUUCAUUUUCAUCUGAGAACUUGGUUUCUUUUGAAAAACUUGAACAGGACAGUAUUUCGCUUACCAUCAGAAAAGGUGAAAUCAGACAGGUUCCACAUGCAAAGUGGUCAAACAAAGCAUUUUGCGGCAGUUUUUCAUUUUGUAAGAAAUACAUUGUUUUUUGUUACACAUACUUUUGUGUAAAUACAUUGCGUGGCACUGGGCAUGGCCUGAAUUUAUGAACCUGAAUGGAAUAACUAUUGCCUGAGCAAAGACUGAAUAUGCAGUAAUUAGCAAUGGAAAUGUUUAACUUUUACCAUAAAUUCCCUGAAUUUAUGGUUUCUGGAAUACUUAUAAAACCCUUUUCUGCUUUGGUGACAGAAUAGUCAAAUAUCCUGUAGGAUGUUGCAGUAGCCACCAGUGAAACAGAAAACUGUCAAAUAUGUGAAAAGUUGAGAUAACUGAAAAUAUGCCAUGAAAAGGGGGAAAAUGUUAGUGUUCGGGUUAGGCUUGCCUUUUACUGCACUUGAAAUAAGAGAAAUUUAUCUUAGUGUGUUCCUCACAUAAAAUUUGAUUCAUGCUACAGUGUUGUCUAAAUAUACUUUUUUGAACAUCUGAUUUAGUCAGAAGUACUUGUAACAUCCUUAAGUAGCUUCUUA